GCCCCUGGAGGCGCCAUGACCGCCGAGCAGAAGAUCGCCGUCGCCCGAAACCUCGUCCUCCUCGGCGUCGACGUCAUCGACGCCGGCUUCCCGAUUUCCUCGCCGGAGGAUUUCAAUGCCGUUAAAUUGAUUGCCGACGAGGUCGGGAAUAUGCGAGGAGGGCAUGAGCCGGUCAUCAUGGCCGCGGCGCGCUGCUCGAAGAUUGAUAUUGAUACGGCGUGGGCGGCGGUGAGCGGUGCACGGCGGCCGAGGCUCGGUACCUUCAUCGCGACGAGUGAGAUUCAUAUGAAGCAUAAGCUGAAGAAGAACGCAGAUGAGGUGGUGGCGAUUGCAAGGGAAAUGGUCGCGUAUGCGAGAAGUGUCGGCUUUCAAGAUAUCUCCUUUGCCGCCGAGGACUCUCUCAGGUCGGAUAAGGAUUUCCUAUGCCGUAUUUUCGGGGAGGUUAUAAAGGCUGGGGCGAGAACAGUGAUCAUAGCAGACACAGUCGGCUGCUCUAUGCCAUCAGAGAUCGGUGGAUUCGUCGCAUACAUCAGAGAUCACACGCCAGGCAUUGAAAAUGCAAUUGUCUCCAUUCAUUGCCACAAUGACCUCGGUCUUGCCAAUGCCAACACUCUCGCUGGUAUUGAAGCUGGGGCAAGGGAGGUUGAGGUCACCAUUAAUGGUAUUGGGGAAAGGGCUGGAAAUGCAGCCCUAGAGGAGGUCGUCAUGGCUAUAAAGUGCCGAAAAGAAUUAAUGGGAGGCCUUUAUACUGGGGUUAACACCAAAUAUCUUAUUGCAACAAGCAAGAUGGUUGUAGAGUGCACUGGAUUGAAUGUUCAACCGCACAAGGCGAUUGUUGGAGCUAAUGCUUUUUCCCAUGAAAGUGGCAUUCAUCAAGAUGGCGUCCUUAAAUUUAAAGGCACAUAUGAAUUCAUUUCCCGUGAAGAUAUUGGAUUGGAUCUGACAAGUGAACCUAGUAUUGUUCUAGGAAAGCUCAGUGGGCGGCAUGCUUUAAAAUCUAGGCUUUUGAAGUUAGGUUAUGAUUUAGAUGGAACAGAGCUUGAUGACAUAUUCAAGAAAUUUAAAUUGUUGACUGCAAAGAAAAAGAAUAUUACUGAUGACGAUAUUGAAGAGCUGGUAUGCAGUAAAUCUAUGCAAUCUGAACCAAUUUGGUCACUUGGAUAUCUUCAGGUUAUGCAUGGAACUAUGGGAUUCUCAACAGCUGUUGUUAAACUACUUAACGUGGAUGGACAAGAGAGAAUUGCUUGUUCUAUGGGGAGAGGACCAGUUGAUGCUGCCUACAAGGCCAUUGAUAAUAUUAUCCAGACUCCUAUGAAGCUCGUUGAAUACAAAAACUCUUUUUUGGAUGGCAUACAUGCAAUUUCUUUGACCCAAGUAGUCGUAAGCGAAGAUAAUGGUAACAUAUCUACACAUUGUCCAUGCACAAAAGCCAACGGUUACAGUAAUGGUCAUGCUCCAUCUGAGGGAGCCAUUGGUCACAGUAAUGGUAAUGAUUCAUCAAAGAAAGCCAAUGGUCAUGCAAUGAGCUUUAGUGGAAGUGGAGAAAGCACAGACCUUGUUGUUUCUAGCGUCGAAGCCUACUUGAGGGCGGUGAACAGGAUGGUGGCUAAGAAAGAAUCCAGCUAGAUGUAUGGAAUUCCACUAUCGGAGGUAUACUAUGCCAAAUUUUGUUCAGUUCUAAAAUGAACACUUUGAAGCUAUUUCUUGUUAUAUUAAGAAGAUUAUAUUAAGCUUAAGUUGGUUGUUGUUUUACUCUA